GGGCGAGGGAGGAGGAGAAGGUGUGCACGCUGACAAAAUGGACUGCGCACUUCCGCCACGGGCUUUUCGUAUCGACCGAUUUGAAAUCCUCCUCGUCCGAGUGAUGCCCGACGCAGGUGUUUCAGCCGCGCGGUAGCGGCUCUUUUGCCAGAGGAGAGCGGGUGCCACGCAUCGCGGUGGUUUCGCCUUUUCACGCAGAUGUCCAGCCUCUUCCUCCUGUAAUCCAACGGCGUCACAUACAGCCGAGAAGCGCUUCAGCGCUCCAGAUACAGUGUCUUUGGGUGAAUGCCGCAGCCUACGGGAUUGGGACCAGCACCGGAGGCCAGCAUGCCCGGAUCAGGGGACGCUUUUAUAACGCGUGCAAAUCACAUUUCUUAAAUUUUGGCACUUCACGUCAACUUAAAGACUCGGCCAUGGGUGAUGAGAGCAGCCUGUCGCGGCAGAUCGAGAGUGUGGAGAGGAGCGUGGUGUUCCUCAGGCAGGAGCACCUCACCUUGCUCCAUGGUCUCCACCUGGAGAUCCUCUCCCUGCAGAAACGAUGCUCAGAGUUGACAAGUGAGCUGAAGGUAAACCCUGCAGGCAGAAGCCAAAUAGAGUUACAGGAGGAAGAGGAGCUCCUGGAGGGCCACUGUCAGGAGGUGGAGAACCGCCUGGCAGAGCAAGAGUGUACCUUAGGAGAGCUUCGUAAGGAGCUGAGUCACAAAGGGGCUUUGGUGGGAGCCCUCAGAGCCAAUCUCAAAGAAAAGGAGCGGCAUUUCCUGGAGGAGCUCAAACGCCGCAGCCACUGUUCAACCAUCCUCAACACGGAGCUGCAGAAACAAACAGAGGCAGCAGCAUACCUUUCCUUCCAGCUGCACGCGGCCAGGCAGAAAGUGCACCACCAGCGGCUGCAGCAGAGGCAGGGACUCCUCGCCAGGGCCAACAGUCAGGGGACCCAGUACAGUGCCGAGCAGAACUCAGUUUCUCCGCAGAUGCCAUCAGGAGCCUCCCCUUCCUCUCCUGUGGUCAAACCCAAGCGUAAGAGCGCUAGGGCAUCUUUGAGAGUGGAGAGAGCUCGGGAGUGUGUGCCCAUUGAGAGAGUGAUGGGCCCUGCAGAGCCCACAGCCAUGCCGGACCCUGCACUCUUCCUCCACCCUAGACGGCACAGAGCUCGCUUCAGGCACACUGUGGCACAAAGACAGCCUCCAGUAGGCCUGGAGAAGGAGGAUGAGGAGGAAGGAAGUGGGGAAGGACCGGUGGAGCCCCAGGAUGAAGCGACCAGACUGGUGUCUUCAGCUGCAGUGCCCCCUGCUGCUGAGACGAAGGCAGAUUAGCAACUAUUGUGACCUCUGCUUUCAACUACAGUGUGGUCACUGGUCGAUUAUCUUCUGUCAGACUGUUGAUGCUGUUAACUGUUGAUCUGCACCUUGACUGAAUUGAUAUUGAGACUUGUUUUAGCUAUUGAAUUAUAUUACACAUACCGCAGAAACUUUUUUUAAAUUGACUUUGAUAUAACCUUGCAAAGCGAAACUCAGUGAGUGUCACUUUAAAUCAGUCUUAAAUUAGAAUGAUCUUGUUUACACUGGUGACACAUGCUCUAUAUACUGUGGGGCCAUAUUUCAAAUCAACCCCUUUUAGAUUUAUGUUGAAAGUAUGGUAGCAGCCAUUUUAGGUGUACUACAAGCCAAGCUGUGUGGCCCAGCCAACUGUGACCUAAGGCCAACCAUAAAUCACUCCAUGUGGCCAAAUGUUUGUGUGGCCAGCAGAAAAUAUCUGAAGUGGUGGACAC